GUUCAAGAGAGCAAAUAUUUCCGCCGUGAUGGUUCUGAUAUUCAUACAGAAGCUACUAUUUCUGUUUCUCAAGCAUUUUUUGGUGGAGAAACUAAAAUACAAGGCUUAUAUGAAGACAUUGUAUUAAAAAUUCCUCCUGGUACUCCUUCACACAAAGUGUUUAGAUUUCCCAAUAAAGGGAUUAAGAAUACUACAGGAUAUGGAAACGGAGAUCAUUAUGUGCACAUAAAGAUAAAUAUUCCAGGGAAGCUUGAUGGAGUACAGUAUCAUCUAAUCAAGUCUUAUGCUGAAUUAGAAAAAGAUACUCCAGGCACUAUAAGUGGAAUUUCAUCUUCAAAAAAAAAAGAACAAAAGUAUGCUGGACAUGCAGAACCUGAGAAAAAAGGACUAUUAGAAAAAAUUAAAACAGCUAUAUUUGGAUAAUUAUUCUGUAUAAUUAUUCAUUUUUUCCAAUUUGAAAUUUGUGAUAGAUUUUAACUUUGUUUUGACCACAUGUAUUAUUAGAUGUAAAUGGAAAUUUAUAUUCCGAAGAUCUAGAUUGGUCUACAUCUUGUAAAUUGUUUCAAGUUCAAUAGUUUUAUUUAAAUAUCAGUAAAACAUUUUUUAUUUAA